AUGAAAUUCCUCAUCGUUUUCGUUGCCCUUUUCGCCAUUGCCUUGGCCGCACCACGUCCUGAAACCGAAGUUGUCCGUCAAGACAGCGAGGUUGGCCCUGAAAGCUUCCAAUUCGCUUCCGAGACAUCUGAUGGCAGCAAACACGAGGCCCAAGGUCAACUUAAGAACAAGGGUUCUGAUGAUGAAGCCAUCGUUGUCCGCGGCUCAUACUCCUGGACUGAUGAAAAGACUGGCGAAACUUUCACCGUCAACUAUGUUGCUGAUGAAAAUGGUUACCAACCACAAGGUGCCCAUUUGCCAGUUGCCUAA